AAUGGUAGCCAGCGCUCCCUUAUCGUGAAAGCUAACGGUCGUUGAGGCGAACCACCGUCAAAGUGCAACGAAUUGUUGUUAGCAGAUCUGAGGCGUUUAUCAAAUCGUUUUGAAGAGAUCCAACGGCCCUAGAUCCCUCCGUCCGUCGUCCAAAGCUCAACGUCUAUUCCUCGAGCGGGAAGCCAUUAAGUUUUCACGAAUUUCGAGCGGGACUCACGCUGAUUGGGUGCGAAACGGGCGAGCUUUAACGUCGUCCAUUCAACUGCUUACUCCAAUCUAGACCGUAUGACGCGAUCUGCUUGAGAUAGAUCCGACGGUCCUACAUCCCUCCCUCCAUUUCCCAAGUCGAACGGGGUGUUUUCUUGGACGAUUUUCGUCCACGAAAUAGUGAGCCUGUUGUUUCCGCAUCCCCCACCCCCUUGGUAGUGGGGUUUGAGUCCCAAAGAAAGGCAUUUCGCCUCAUUCCAAUUUCUCAUUUCCAACAUUUCCAGCCGAAGAAUGCCCCUCGCGAGACUACAAUUUCUCCCAUCCUCGGCAUUUUGCCUCAAUUCGGCUCAUUUUCCGUCCGACGACUCCGCUUGCGGCUGCUGCGUCGUUGUGCUUCGCGUCUCCGCUUCGUCAACUUGACUCUCGUCUCUUCCAACCGAAAGAUGCCUAUCCAUAGUCGCGGAAGCCGAUUCAUAUGGUUCUGAUUUCUGCUGCUCAACCUGCAUCGAACCCAAGAUCUGAAGCCCAGGGGCGUUGAGCUUGGCAGCACGCUUAGCAAAUCUGCGUUUCUGUCAUUCACGUCAGGCCUCUACUUCGACAUGGCGUGAUGCUUUCUCGCAUCAAGACAAUGUCAUCUAAGAAGACCGUUAAGCGAAACAUCGCGAACCGUUCCUUCUGCCAACUUAUCAAGCCGGGAUUUCAGAGCCUUCUGCGACGCUCAGCAUGCGUCGUCAGCCAACGACUUCCAACGCCGUCGCUUCCGCCACGCUUUUACUCCGACCAAACACGCCCAGCUAAGUACCCGACCCAAUCCGUCAACCCGCCUCCCUGCCUUUGCGCUGACUUUUUGCUUACGCCAUUUUUGUGGACUUCUGCCUUUCACGGCGAUUGCUCAUCGUCCCUCCCCCCUUCCCAUCCCCUCCUUUCCGGAAGCCCAUGGCACACGUGCUUGAGCCGCUUGCAUAGUUCUCAGUCGCUAGCGGGUUAGACUUGUUGUCGUCGCUGCGCGCACGCGUCCAGUCUCCUCCUCCUUGAUGUCUCCCUCGCUGUCGCUCGCUCCUGCAUGUGUGCCUUGGGCGAACCCCUCCCUCCUCCCCCCCCCUCCCCCAGGUGUCGGAGCUGCUUCAGAAGAUGCACCAGGCGCUGGCGUUGCUCCAAGGCAUACUGCAUGUACCAGCGCUGCUGCGCACGCCUCUGAUGCCAUCCCCUCGCCUCACUUCGCUCUCCUCCUCUUCCCUCCUCUCCCGCUCCCCUUGGCAGGUCACUUGGCCGCUAAUUUCGAGGAGCGGUGGGGAAUGGAGGUAGGACAGCGCGCGAGCUCCUGACGCUGCGUCGACUUCCUCAUGCUGCUCCGGCUGCCUUCAGCUGCCUCGCUCACACCAUCAGCUAAGUGGUCGCUUCCUCCGCUCACCCUCCCUUGCACGCCGUGUCGUUUUUUCCAUCGCAUCGUAUGCUUUCUCCCAUAAAAUGGUGCCACUGGUGACUGCGUAGUGUACGGCCCACAGACCACCCUUACUACAGGUAAACACCCCCCUCAGGUUAAGCCUUCAGGUACCCGCCCCCCCCCCUACUGCAGGUACCUACCAGGUACAAGCCUCCGUGUCUGUGGAUCGUAGCUGUGCCUCCACCAGUGGCGCCUCCCUUCGCUCUUCCUCCGUUUCACCACCUAUGCAAAUAUCCUAUUCACCCCAGGUGCAGCAUCCGCUGUCGUACUCACUCUGUUUCCACUUGCAUCCCCCCCUUCCCCUCACCCCCUCCCUUGCAGGAGAUCAAGUGCCAGGCGUCCUCGGGGGAUGCUCGGGGCAUCACAGUCGUGCCUGCUCUUCCAGCGCCUUCACUGCUGCUGCUGCUGCUGGUGCAGCUGCUGUUGUCGUGGUAAGCUAAGUACCCUCCUUCCUACCUACGCCAAGUUGUUUGCGUCGCGUUCCUUGCAGUACUUCCUUGCCGCUUCUCAUGCACUCGCCGUUCAAACUAAGCCACUGGUUGGGCCGGCUCACAGGCCAUAAACCCCCUUCUUCAGGUAGCCCCUCAGGUGCAGGUAACCCCCUCAGGUAUCCCCUCAGGUUCAGCCACAGCAGGUCCCCGUGGGGGUCUGUGGCGUGUGGUCGUGCCUCCACCAGUGGCCAUCCCUUCCUUUCCUUCCAGCCUGUGCAGCUUCUUUUUCCUGUCGCCAUCCAUGCCGUCGCAUGCCACUGACUGCUGCUGCUUGUGUGCAUUGCAGGUGGAGGGGAGGGGCGAGGGGGUCAACACCGACUCUCCCCCGACGCCCCUCCCCUGUGGCCGUGCAGGUAUUCACACACGGGAAGCGGGGAGGAGGAGGGCUGCCGUCAGGGAGAGAAUCUUGGUCGGCCUUCGAAGGAGCUAGUGCGUCAGGAUUGCUGGGGCGGUGCUCUGCUCCCGAGAUGGUCGCUGGCCCUUCAAUGCCACUCGCAGCAACUCGUCCAACUCCCUCAUGCUGCUGCUGUGGUAAGCUAACUCACCCUCCUACCUGCCCACUUGAGUUGCAUUCCUAGCAGUAAUUUGUUGCGUCUGCUUCGCUUCCCCUUCAAACUAUGCCACUGGUUGAGACCCGGCUCGCGUCUCACAGAUCCCCUUCUUCAGGUGACCCCAUCAGGUGCAGGUAACCCCUCAGGUAUCCCCUCAGGUAUCCCCUCAGGUAACCCCUCAGGUAACCCCUCAGGUAACCCCUCAGGUAACCCCUCAGGUGACCCCUCAGGUUCAGCCACAGCAGGUCCCCGUGGGGGUCUGUGGCGUGUGGUCGACCUCCACCAGUGGCCCCUCCCUUCCACUUGCUGUCCAGCUGUUGCGGUUUCUCUUUAGUUUGCUAUGCAUGCCAUGGCGCUGACUGCUGCUGCUUGUGUGCAUUGCAGGUGGAGGGGAGGGGCGUGGUGGUCAACACCGACAUUCCCUCACGCCCCUCCCCUGUGGCCGUGCAGGGACGCACACGGGACGCCUGGGAGGAGGGCUGCCGAGGAGGGGAGGCACCUGCUGCUGCUUCUGCUGCCUGCUGCUCGCACUCACGCCACGCCACGACUCAUGAGCUAAGUGCCCGUUCCUCCCUGCCCUCGAUCUCGUAUGCCGCGUCACGUCUUGUGCAUUAUUUGCUGUCAUUUCGUUUCUGGCUUGUGCUUUCGUACCUGUCACCUCCAAACACAUGCCACUGGUUGGGCCCGCCUCACAUGCCACAGACCCCCCCCCCUUCAGGUAACCCCCUCAGGUGCAGGUACACUCCCCCCAGGUUCAGCCCCCCUCAGGUGCAGGUUCCCUUGGGGUCUGUGGCGUGUGGCCGUGGCUCCACCAGUGGCCCCUCCCUUGUUCUUCCAGCCUUGGCAGUUUCCAGGCCGUGGCUUGUGCUUGCCGCCAUGCCAUGCACACUCACCACUGCCGUGUAUGUGCAUUGCAGGUGCUGGGAAGGGGGUGGGUCAACACCGACAUUCGCUCACGCCCCUCCCCUGUGGCUGUGCAGGGACGGGACGCAUGUGGGAGGCUGGGAGGAGCGCUGCGGGGUGCGGCAAGGGAGAGUAAUUGGGUGGGCUCAGCUGUUCGAGGCCACCUGGCAGCAGCAAGCCAAGUCUGCAGCAGAACCUGUAGCUGAGAGCGGCGCAGUAGCAGCAGCAGUGCAUCCUGCUGCAAGGGAGAGUAUCUGGGUGGGCUCGGCUGUUCAAGGUAAGCCCCUGUCGUCCCUGCUUCAGCACCUGCUCGUUCACUUUCUGGUUUAGUUUCACUUGGCUCUCCUUCCCGGCACUCGCUUCUCUCUUCUCGCUUCCUCCUCACCACCCCCCUACCCCCCCUCCCCUCCCUCCAGGCAGGUAACCAGGCAGCAGCAAUCCAAGUCUGCAGCAGAGCCUGUAGCUGCGAGCGGCGCAGCAGCAGCAGCAGCACUGCAUUCUGCUGCGAGGGAGAGUAUAUGGGCCCGGUUCAGCUCGUAUAGGUAAGCCCCUUUCCUUGUGCUUCAAUGCUUGUCUUUUGCCUCUCUGCAAUUGUUGUCUCCCCUCUCUGGUUCUUUCUUGGAUGGCUCUCCCUUCCUUCCACUCACUUCUCCUUCCCCCUCCCCUCCCCCUCCCCCCCCCCCCCAACCAUUCCCCACCCCUCCUGGCAGGUCACUUGGCAGCAGCAAGCAUGACUGUAGCAGAGCCUGUAGCUGAGCAGCAGUGGUGGGGCAGCAGCAGCAGCAGCGGAUACAGGGCAGCAGGGCAGCAGCAUAGGCGAGGGCAGUUAGAGGGCGGGCUAGGGCGUUAUUUGAGCAAGGUACAGGUAUGGUAUGGUAUAGGCACAGGUAUGGUAUAGGUGCAGGUAUGGUAUAGGUGCAGGUAUGGCGGCAUUCCCCUCCUCUUUCUCCUCCCUGCGUCCAUCCACAGCUGCCCACCCCUUGGAGCCCUGGAGCACGGUGAGCAGCACAGGAAGCUUGCUCAACCUCCCCCCCCCCUCUAUCUCCCCAGCAGCUUCCCACCCUGUGGUGCGCUGCAGCAAGAAGGGGAGCAGAGGAGAGUCGCUCACACCCCCCACCCCCCUCCCUUCCCCCAGCAGCGUUGCAUCUCUUGGCUGUGCAUGGCGGUGGUAAGUGAGCGCCUUCAGUACUGUACGCAAUGGGGGCUGGGUGAGGCAGUGCAGGGACACGUGUCAAGCACUCUGUGUCCAAUCGCAAUACCCGCGCGUUAAUGCAUAAUGGGCCCAUGGCAGAACCAUUGCGGCCGAAUGGUUCUGUCUCGUGCCAGCUCUUGCCAUGCCGGUGAGGGGUAAUUGGAUCUUGGGCUUACCGUGUGCUUGCCUCCUGCCUCACUUGGCGCCUCCAGCGCAAUGGGUACUGCCGGUGCUGCUUCUAAGGGGCCUGUGCUGCACGCUGCUCCUGCUGCUGGCGGUUGAAGGGGGAUGGGAAGAGGUGAUGGGCAGUGAAGGUGGGGGUUGUGGUGGUGCUGGGAUGUGGCAGAGGGGUGGUGAGAACCCCCUGGGUCUGUUGAGACCGAGGCAGGGGAAGGGGGUUGGAGCACCCUGGGUAAGGCAAGCGAGGGGCAGGGGGGGGGGAGGGGGGUUGGAAGCCUCUGGUUGAUGCGAGCAUGGGGCAGGGGAAUCCCCCUCCUCUGCCCGAGGCUCGCCUUAACCUGGGGUUUUCAACCCCUCUCUCUUGCCUCUCAGUUGCCUUACUCUGGUACUCUGAACCUCCCCCUGCCUGGGUCUCAGCUUACCCAGGGGGUUCUCACCCUCCCUCUGCCAGACCACACUACCACCUCAGCCUUUCACCUUCACCGCCCAUCACCACUCCCCACCAGCACCACCACCAUCUCCACUCCACACCUGGUGCCACAGCCCCUGCCGCUCUGCCAGUGGUGCUGUGCAGUGGUGGUGGUGGUGAGGGAAAGUGGUGAGAGAUGGUGGUGGUGGGAAGUUGCUGUGGUGAUGGUGAUGUUGUGGAGGGUGGGGAGUGGUGGUGGACGGUGGUGGGGGUGGUGAACCCCCCCCCCCCAUUGGGUAAGGUGAGACUCAGGCAGGGGGUUCCGCCCUCCCUCUGCCACACCAACCCACCACUGGCACUACUUUCCACUACUUCACUGGUGCUGGUGCUUUUAGUGACGGCGAUGCUGCUGGUGCUGUAUGGUGUAUUUCCCAUGGUGAGCCAUGUGCAUCAUCCCAUGGUGCAUCAUCCCAUGGUGCGUCAUCCUAUGGUGCAUCAUCCCAUGGUGCAUCAUCCCAUGGCGUGGUGCAUCAUCCCAUGGUGCAUCAUCCCAUGGUAUGGCAUGUGGGGCGGUGCUUGAGCCUAGAGAGCCCAGCCAAGAGGGCGGUGGGUGUGGGUGGGUGAUCAUGUGAUGUGAUGUGGGCCGCAUGCCUCCUGCAGCUGCCAGCCCAGCCAUGGGAGCGGGCAUGGAUGGGUACAUGCAUGCCUGCAAGCAUGGUGCUGAUGGGAUCAACCUGCAAGGUGCUCAACGGAUGGGCAUGCGGGGUGUAAUGCCCCUCCUGCUUCUUGCAGCAGAAGCAUCUGCUCGGGUAUGGAUGCCUUUGGACUGGACAACGUGCCAAGGCAUGGACCAGGAUUUGGUAGCAAGAUUACCAUGUAAAAUAGUUGAUUUGAUCUAUGGUAGGUUGGGUUUGUACUUUGAUUCUAUCUCGACAUGUACCGUAUGUACUCUAUUUUGGUAAUGAAGUUCAUUUUUCUCG